CCUUGGCAGAAGCUUGAAGGGAUCACCCCCUCCCGCCUGCAACACAUCAACACGAAUCAACCGAUGAUUGCGGUCAGCCGGGGCGCAGCGAUCGCCGUGCUCGUCGAGCGAUUUCAACGGACGAAUAAGAAAGCAAAAAGUGCCACAACAUUUUCAAGUGCCCGGCGAGCUGCUGCUGCUCCUCAAUGGUGCUGAAAAUUCGCUCUCUACUUAGCCGCCACUCCAAAUCCCAUGAUACAACAUUAAUUCCGAACCGCUUUGCGUGCAUUUGUGUGUCUGAAGAAUCGUUUCGGGUUUUCGAUAAACUCCUUUCGGUUGUGCAACAUAAGUUUUGUGUUUUUACUUGCUUUGAUUGUUUGGGGCAGAAAAGUUUCCUCGAGUGUUGUUUCGCGACUGUUUGCGAUGUUUACGGGCUUAUGAGUGCUUGUUGGAAGUAAAGGUAUAGUUCAGCAAGAGAGAAAAGAUUGCAAUUUCGGGUUUACAACUUUAGUGCUGCCUAAAUUCAAUUGAAUUGUUUUGAGAUCGUGAAAUCAAGCACUUUCUUUGCUGAUUACUCGUUGUCCAGAGAGAUUGGUGGGAAGUGGUGUGAACCUGUGUGAAGACAAGAGAAGAAGCACGCGAAUCAACAAUCAGACAUUCUCAAACCGAAGCAAGAAGUGAAUGGAAGAGCUGAUAAUCGUCCAAAGAAGCGUGCUGAUUGCCGAAUAUCAUUUAAAAUUGGCAUCCAGAUCUGAAGCAGUACGCCUGAUGAUUUGAAUGGCAGGAUCUUUUUCAUCACCUGGAGCUGUGUAACGCAAUCAACCCUUCAAAACUGGCCAAUUCCGGCACGCGAGCCCUGUUCCGGAUGAACGAUGUUCACGCUGUCCAAGCUGUCCAAUGAAGAUGGUCCAUCACCCAAUGGUAGCAGCGGUAGCAACAGCAAUAGUAACAGCAGCGGAAGCACUAGUAGUAGUAGUAGCACCAGUCCCGGUCCCUCUGCCUUCGACACUUCGGCAGAUUCUUCGGCGGCCGCUGUUACCGCAUCCAGUCCCUCCGCGUGGAAUCUUGAACUUGACCUGCAAAUGAUCGAAGAAGACAUGCAAGUGAUCGACACGAUCGAUCAGAGCUAUUGGAAUGGGAAAUUUGUACCGCCACCGCCGAGGCCUCCCUUUCUGGAGGAGUCGAUUGCACCCGAUGGGCUGACCACGUGCGAUCUGUGCAGCUGGGCCUGGCAGGAUAAAGGAACGCUGUCCCUCGACGGAGCAAUAAAGGAAAUUUUCUCCCCCACAGAUACCAAGGAGUUUAGCUGGACGUUUACGCUGGUCGUAGUCUCGCUCACAUCGGCGGUGCUCGGUGCCAUAAUUAUGAUAGUUUUUCUUAGAUGUAAGAGGAUACGAACCAAUCAGAACGGUUUACGAACGCUGUGCUUCGAUUCGAGUAGUAACAAGGAUACAGCGGGACUAAACUUUGACAACCAAACAUCGAAGAAUUCGACUAACGGGUCGUGUAGUCCGAGGAGUACGAACUCUGGACUUUGGACGUGGUUCAGCAGUCGAAAAAAUCUAACUACGCCGGAUCAGCUGGUCAACUCCCAUACACUGCCAGUGGAAAAUCACUACACCCACAUGGAUGACAACAACUACAAUCCUGUCCAGAUAGACGAAGCGUCCUACGCCGAAGUGGGUAACGAAAUGGGUCCAUCUGAAACGAAUUCAUACAAGUCGAGCUCCGUGCAUCAUGGAGGCGAUAACGACAUUCUGAUUAUGAAUUGCCCUCUGCCAGCGAUUCCGACCGGAUCGCACAGCGGAGGAGCUAGCGGUUCUGGCAGUGCAUACUACUCAGGACUGCUCAACAGUGCCAACAUGCCCAGAGACGAGGACGAAGACGAACGGCCUUACGAGAUCGUCGAUCUGAAGGAAAUGUCCUCGCCCCACAAGAGUCACAAUGUACAAAGUCACUUUCUGAACGAGACUAACAAUCUGCUGACCAUCGAGAAGCACUCGGAAGGUCUACCAGAAGGAACUAUUUCAGCGUCCGAUUACGUUUAAGUUCCACAUUUUAAUUUUCUGGAAUGUGCUUCGCGCUAGCUUAAGUUCACUUGUACAAUAUUGGUUCAAAUUGUUUAAAGCGACAGCGAUUUAAUCUCAACUUAGAAUGAUCUUUUGUGAAUAUUAUUUCCGUAGAUGUGUGCGUAUUUAUUUGAAAACAAAAGAACUUUAAAUGUAAUUUAACGCUAAAUUAUUGAUCCACUUCAGAAUAUUAGCUAAACGAACAAAAAUCAACGAGAGCUUAACAAAUAAGGGAGAAAAGCCACGUGAAAGCAAUCGACUGCAAAUAAGUCUGAACAUGAAACAUUCCGUCACAAAAUUGUCCAACAAUGCACCCCCUUCCAUCUCCCUCUCUCUUAAUACGUGUAGAAUUGUGUGAUCCUUUGUAGCCUUAGAAAGACUCCAGACAAGUAGCAAAAGUAGCAAAAAGUUGUAUUUAAAUGUGAAACAUUUUGAUAUUAUAUUCUAUACGAGCGGAAACAGCGAGGUCGAACCAAGCAACAGCGUAGAAAACAAAACAAAAAAUGUAACGAUUUUACAAGUUUUUACAAUUUAAACAACAACAGACAAGAGAAAACCCUGUACAACCUAGUCGUAAGUAAACGAACGUAUUUGUAUGAUAUAUUUACGCCCCAGCUCCAAAUACUCUCAAUCUCUCUAGCUUUAGAAGAAAAUCGAGCAAAGCCUAGCGAAAUGUGCUUCAGGUGGAACCCAGAUUGACCAUUUUAGAACACAUCAUCAAGCCAACACAUGAAUUUAAAAUAAAGCAGUGAAAUUUUCAAUUAAAUUGAGCAAAAAGCUUUUUGAAAGUGAAAUCACAUU